CCCUGUCACUCCGCGUAGUUCGUGUCCCAUUGAUUACUGGAGAAAGUAGUGAAGAUGGAAGGAGGCAACAAUGUUGAGUUACAGGAGAAAUGUAUGGAUUAGGAGGGUGAUAUCCAUUUGUUCACCUCUUCGGAACGACUGAGGACUUUGAUACCAGGAAACUGGCAGAUAGCAUGAAAGUAGUGGUGGCUUCAUUGCAAAUGAAGGAACAUGUUGGCGAUGGACCAAGGAGUGGUGGAAGAAUGGUUGUCAGAAUUUAAGACUCUCCCUGACAGUGCCAUCUCCACCUAUGCUGCCUCCCUGAAAGACAAAGGCGCCCUGGUCCCAGCUCUCUACAAAGUUAUCAGAGAGAACUACAGUGAUCUGCUGGAGCCGGUUUGUCACCAGUUGUUUGAGUUUUACCGGAGUGGUGUGCCGCAGCUGCAGCGUUUCACACUGCAGUUCCUGCCAGAACUCCUGUGGAGCCUCCUGUCCGUCAGUGCUGCCAGAGACCCCCACACCUCCGGCUGCAUCGAGGCUCUUCUGCUGGGCAUUUACAACCUGGAAAUAGUUGAUAAAGAUGGACAAAGUAAAAUCCUGUCCUUCACGGUCCCUUCUCUCUCCAAACCCUCAGUGUAUCAUGAGCCUUCAGCUAUUGGCUCCAUGGCUCUCACAGAGGGAGCUUUAGCCAAUCACGGACAAAGCAGGGUGGUGUACAGCGGGCCACACCUCCAAAGAGAAACCUUUACAGCUCAGAACAGGUUUGAGGUGCUGACCUUCCUGCUGCUGUGCUACAAUGCUGCUCUCAGCUACAUGACAACCACCUCCCUGCAGUCCCUCUGCCAGCUCAGCUCCAGAGUGUGUAUAUGUGGUUACCCACGGCAACAGAUGCGGCGCUACAAAGGCAUCAGCACACGACUGACAGUCACGUCAGAGUUCCUGGUUCAGCUCAUCACAGGAAUCCAUUAUGCCUUAUGUAACGGAGAGGUUGAAGUGGGAUCUAAAGCUCUGGAUGAUGUUCUUUAUCGAGCCCAGCUGGAGUUGUUCCCUGAAGCGCUUUUGGUGGGUAACGCCAUCAAGUCGUCGCUUCAUGGAGCAGCACUGAAGAGCAACAACAAGGAGGGUACGAGGAGCAUCCAGGUGGAGAUCACCCCCACCUCCUCCAGGAUCUCCCGCAACGCUGUCACUUCCCUCUCUAUACGAGGGCACCGCUGGAAGAGACACGACGCAGUGGAUCUGGGUUCCCCGGAUGAGCUGAUGGACAUCUCCGAGGUGGAAGAAGGCGAUUGGCCCGUUGGGGUGGGCUCUGACGUGACCCCGCCCACCAUCACUAUCAGCAACAGCGUCACGACAUUAAACCUCGGCAUUAAGGCCAUUAAAAAGUGUCGGCUCGGCGGGCGCAGCAGCAAAGACAAGGAAGCGGGGCCUCUAACCGCCGUCCGGGCCGCCAGCGAGAGCGCAGAGCUGUCCGUCAAGCGCCUGACUCUCACCUCCAGCCAGUCUGUCCCCAAGGGCGGGGCUCUGACCAGCCUGACCCGCACCGCCAGCGCCGUUUUCUCCCGCUCUUUUGAGCAGGUCAACAGCGGCAACGGCCCCGCCGGGAACCACGCGGCUCCGGAGGCGGCCCGCUACUCGUGCAGCCUGCAGGAGGAUGGGAUGGGCUACUUGAGUCCCAUGCCAAACCACACCCAGCGCUCCCCGAGCAUUAGUGUCCACCUCGGCUCCGACCUUUGAACCCUUUAGCACUCCUGACUGUAUGGACCCUGAUCUCUUAAUUCUGUGACCCCGUGACCCCGUAUCUGUGACCUGGAACUUCAAGCCAUGCCGAUUCUGGACCGCAGAAUUGUGAAGCCUUUCCCACCGUUUCUCCCUCCACCAUAUUUUUGGUAUCUUUCAGUAUCUGUGCUGUAAGCUUCGUUCAAACACUUCUCUUGUCUGCAGUCCUUUGUGAGCUUGAUGGAUGCUGGUCGUCAAAAAAAAAGACAAACGACGCCUUCAGCUUCUGAUUUUAGUUAUGAAUGCUCUGAAAAUUCAUCACACGCUGCAGGAAAACGCAUUGGGAAAUAAAUCUGGAGUUUGUUGCUCUGCAUGGCUUCUCUGUACAUCCAUCCUGGUGUUGCCCUGUUGUACGAGGGCAGCUGUAACUGUAUAUGUGCACAACUGAAUGUGUGUGUGUGUGUGUGGAUGAGUGUGUGUAUAUAUUGUGCAUUUGUGUAACUGUUUUUAAAAAAACAUGGCUGCUGAUUGAUACAUUGAACAAGGUAUGAUACUGUUUGAAGGAAACGUUUCUACUACUUUUUUUAUUCAUGGUGAAAACCUUCUCAUAGCAAUACAACUACCCUUUUUAUUCUUUUUUUUGUCUGAUUUUUGCUUUUCUUCUUAAAAUAAAGUCCACAUUCUUCCUAACUUUCUGUUCUAUCAAGCAUUAAAGUGAAUAAAAAGGUUAUUUUGUUUACAAUCAGACAGUAUUCUUGUCAAGAUGGAGAAGCAAUACUUAUCCACCCUGCUCCUAAAGCACCUUCCUUAAUUGCUGUGUAUUUGCUGAUUUAAAUAUAGUCAAACACUUCUCAAAUGAUUUUACAAUUUUUUGGGGGGGGAUUGUGUGUGUAUAAUUAGCGAAGUGUUGACUUUUGCACAAGGGAAAAGCAAAUUCUUAUUUUUUUCCAAAUGGUAUUUUAAUAAAAACAGAUUUGACUUUCAAAUUGUAUUUUUCUGGGGGGAAAAUGUCUUACUUCCGUUGCACCCAAAGCAGCAUAGGAUAAAACUGUUCUAAAUUUUUCUAUGUUGGCUAAAAAAUUUGAUGCCUUCAAGAUUUUUUUUUUUUUAAGAAUCGUUUGUUCAGUGCUGGGGACAACACAUGCAUCUUUACUGUCUUCAAAUCGACUCAUUUUUGUGGUAUUUGGUCGUGUCCUCUUUUUGUUUAUGAUGUCACAAGAUGCAACGAUCAAAAAGGAAAACUAACUGAAACUAUCUGCUACAACCGAUGUCCUAAAUGCAGGCGGUGAUGCCGCUUCAUCCUGAGGCAUACUCGUGUCAUGUUGUGUGCUGUAGCUGUUGAGUGUCCAUAGCUUUGGUGGAACAAUACCUAUAAUGUUUCUUUGUAUGUUUACAGUAAAAUUGUAAGCUAUUGUACAUCUUACUGUUAAAGUUGGUUCUAUUGACCUUUAUAUGUUUAAAACAAAAAUAAUUCUCUGCUGCAACUUAUGGGGAAUAAAGUGUUUCUAUAUUUCAA